AUGCAGACGCUCGCAUUCGCGGCCAAGCUGCUCGCAGCAUGCUCGCUCGUCAUCUACACAUUCUCUAUUCCCUCCAACGCGCGACUAUUGGACCCACGACAAGCUAAUGGCUUUGUCUCUCCCUCCGUCGAUCCCUUCUACAGAGGUGCGUAGCUCCAGAAGGGCCCGCGUCUAGCUCGCGACUGACCCUCAUCCUCCGUUUCGGUCUCAAGUGCCUGCCAAUAUCUCGAGCUACAAGCCUGGAGAUGUGAUUCGCUCUCGCAAGGUCUCGACGUACGCAACGUCGGCGAAGACGAGCUACCAGGUGCUGUACGCCUCUUCGCUCGCCAACACCACCACGUACGACGUGGCAACAGACGCUACCGUCACGACGCUGCUCUCGCCCUACUUUCCAGCAGCCGGACCGAUGAAGAUUUGGGGACUCGCCCUUCCCAUCGACUCGACCGGCAAAGAUUGUCAAUCUUCCUUUUCUUUCCAGCUCGGUGCUCUCUCCAAAGCCAAAGCUACCGCCUUUCCAGCCAUCUUUGGUGUGAUUUCGAAUUAUGCCCUCAACAAGGGCUGGUACGUAUCGGUUCCCGAUUACAUGGGAAGCCAAGCUACUUGGAUCAGCGGCAACGGCGAAGGUUUCGGCAUGCUGGAUGGUGUUCGAGUCGUGGCCAAUCACAAGGAGACCGUCGGCUCAAAGUCCACCAAGGACGCCAAGAUUGCCAUCUACGGCUACUCGGGUGAGUCGACGUUUGCUCGCGCUCAGCUGGGUGUGUGUGUGUGCGACAAGUCACAAAUCUGACAAGGCGCACUGCACUCCCUCUCACCCUCCGCAGGUGGAGCCCAUGCCGUCUCUUGGGCAGGUCAGCUUCACCAAUCGUACGCCCCAACGCUGAACCUCGUCGGAGUCGUGUCUGGCGGUAUCCCCGUGGAUGUCAAGCAGAUGCUUUCCCAAUUGAACAAGGGCCCGUUCAGCGGCUUUGUGCUGGGUAGCAUCGCCGGUGUAGCAGCAGCCACUCCAAAGCUGCAAGCCUGGCUCGAUACCAACCUGAACGCGCAGGGCAGAAACGAUAUCUACGCUACGAGAGCCACCGGAGGCGAUUCUCAGUGCAUCCUCGACUUGCUGCUUAGAAACUUGAACAAGGACAUCAACUCAUACUUUGCCAACAAGGACUGGCAAAAUGAUCCCACCGUCAGCAGCUCCUUGGACGAGAAUACUCUGGGCUACGGAUCGGAAGGUCAGAUCCCCGGCACGCUGCCCCAGCUGAUUCUCCAGUCCCAGACCGACGAGAUCAUCUCGCCUCCCCAAGUGCAGUCCUACGUCGACUCGCAGUGCGCGGGCGGUGCCAAUAUCAACUACCAAAAGAUUGGCACUGGAGAGCACAUUGCUACCGCUUUCCAAACCUUGCCCAUCGCUCUACAGUGGACCAGCGGUGUGCUGGACGGCACGCUAAAGCAGUCCGGCUGCCAAACCACCUACACGCCCUUCUUGCCUCUGCUGAGUCAGAACAAGGAUGCCAACAAGAUCCUGGGCGUCGAUAUCGUCAGCGCGCUCAAAAAGUACCAAGGAACCGACUUUGGUUUCAACGGCAUCAAAUUCAAGUAG